CUUUAUUGAAAUAACUACUUGAAGUUGAUUGUGUCAGAUUAGUUGAAAAGAUAUAUUUGCUGCUUGCAGUAACUUUCAAUAGCAAGAGGACAAGAUAUAUUAGAACCAAGGAAGACAAAUGAGAGAUCUUAUUGUGUUUUCUGGCUCAUCUCAUCCUUUAUUAGUGGACAAGAUUUGUGCAAAUUUAUCAUUAACGCCCGGAAAAGUUGAAUUAAAUAAAUUUAAAAAUGGCGAAACAUCAGUUACAAUAAAGGAUUCUGUGCGCGAGAAGGAUGUGUAUAUUGUUCAAAGUGGGAGUGGACAUGUUAAUGAUAAUUUCAUUGAGUUGUUGAUCAUGAUAAGUGCGUGUAAAACGGCUAGUGCAAAGAGAGUUACGGCAGUUUUGCCAUUGUUUCCCUACUCCAGACAGCCAGAUGUGCCAUAUACCAAGACAGGAGCUCCAUUAACUUCAAAGCCCAAGAGUGAAUAUACGUUUGAGAGUGUGCCUGGAACACCUCGACCAUUUAGCAGUUCUAGAUUUGGGAUAAUUGGAAUGGGCAAUGAAUUUUCAAGUUCGUUGAGCUCAAAUAACUAUUCAAUGCUUAGAGAGCCCUCAAUUGAAAACAAGAACUUGAAGUUUUUAUCCAAUGGGAAUGUGAAUGAGUUGCCAUCACCACCUAUUUUCCAUUUAGGAGCCCCCGCAUUGACUUCAUUCAAGACUAGUAAUAGUAAUAGUAACGGUAAUAAUAAUAAUAAUAAUAAUGGUAAUAGUAAUAAUAAUAAUAAUAAUAAUAAUAAUAAUAGUGUUGGAGGAUAUUUUAAUAGUUAUAAUAAUAAAACCAUGGUUCUUCCAACCAAUCCCAGCUCAAUUUUUUCAUCAACGUUAUCAUAUAAAGAAAACAAUACAGGGUAUAAAGAAUGGGUUGCACAAGCAGGGACGUUGAUAGCGGAUUUGUUGACAGUCGCAGGAGCAGAUCACAUUAUAACCAUGGAUUUACACGAUCCUCAAUUCCAAGGGUUUUUCGAUGUGCCUGUCGAUAAUUUGUAUUCCAAGCCAUUGUUGUCUAAAUAUAUUAUUUCUACUAUUCCAAAUUAUCAAGACUGUGUUUUGAUUUCUCCUGAUGCUGGUGGAGCAAAGAGAACUACAGCAAUUGCCGAUGCGUUGGGAAUGAAUUUUGCAUUGAUUCAUAAAGAAAGAAGAACUUUAGUUAAUAUCAGUGUUAAUAGUAAUGCCAAUGCCAGUGCCAAUGCCAAUGCUGGUUCUAAUUCUAAUUCUAAUUCUAAUGCUAAUGUUAAUAACAAUAGCGCUGGUAAUAAUAAUAAUAAUAGUAUUAAUAGUGGUAAUAUUAAUAGUAUUAAUAAUGCUAUCAGCGGAAUUAAUAGCGGAGGUAGUAAUAUUAAUAUGAGCAAUAAUGCCCAAAUCUCAGCCAGCAGUACACCAUUGAUGAAUGGAAUCGGUGGGAUCUCUCAGUCGCCUAGAAUUCCCCCAAGUACUCCCUUACUCAAUUCUUAUACAUUUUCCAACAACAUGAAUAAUCAAUUGACCCAAAGUCAACCAGUUUUAGUGGCCACCACAAUGUUAGUGGGUGAUGUUAAGGACAAGGUUUGCAUAAUACUAGAUGACUUGGUGGAUACGUCAUACACUAUCACGAGAGCAUCCAAGUUGUUGAAGGAUCAAGGUGCGAAAUACGUUAUAGCUAUUGUGACCCAUGGGAUUUUUUCGGGAGAUGCUAUCAACAGAAUCAAGAAGUCGGCGAUUGAUAAAAUCAUUGUCACGAAUAGUGUUCCCCAAGAAGACCACUGGAAAAGACUAGGGCCUGAUCUGUGCGAGGUGUUGGAUGUGAGCAGGAUCUUUGCUGAGGCCAUUCGAAGAAUCCACAACGGUGAGUCUGUGAGCAUGUUGUUUGACCAUGGAUGGUAGAUGGUCUGUUCAGUAUAUAUUUUGUUGUAUGUCUUAUCUUAUCGUGCCCUAUCUCAUCUCAUCUCAUCUCGCCUUCUACAUAUAUCCCACUCUGUAUCCCACACCGACAUAUGCUCUUUGUUGUGCACUUGCAACGCGCAUUGCUGGGCCCUGAGCCGCCUCCCAUUCGCUGGCCAGUUCCUGUGCUGCUUCUACUGCUUCUACUGCUGGCGUUCAUUCGCCCUCCACUUCCUUCAGCCGGCUUCUCUCUUGCUGCUGCGCUGCUCUGAUUGGCCUGUGGCUAUUCCGUUCUGCGUCCUCGCAGCCGGGCCGAGCAUCGGGAAGACCGUGUUGCAAGCGCAGGGGGAACUGCAGCAGCAGAGGACGCGCCUGCCGGUGUUUUAUAGGUUCACUGCCCGCUGCGACAGGGGCUCUUUGGGUUGGGACGCCAUUUCGGUCUUGGCUGGGCCCUGAGGAAGAAGAAGCAGCAGC